GAUCACGAGGGUGGCAGGCGGCGCUGGAGGAGCAGGGGGAAACCGCGAUCUGGAUAGCGGUGGGUGAUAUAUAUACAGAGAGAGAAAGAAAGGAAGUUCGAGAAAGGGGAGCAAAGGGGAGGAAAGCUGGUAUCCGUAAACACGCACGCACGCACGCACAUCAGGUGGAGCGAACGGAGCGGAUCGUGUACUUUGGCACUUAAUCUCCCAAGCUGAAUGGAAGCAUGCUGUGAUACAGUGAUCAGCCACGGUUCUCAAAUCUCCGCUGUUGAAAAGGCUGAAUUUGGCUUGAAUUUACAUGCACAAGGCCGAAAGAGGAAAAUAUCGAGAUAAAGCAGUCUGUAUAAAAAUCAGUGUGAAAAGAGAGUGACUGGUGAAUUUAAUUGAAGACAAUACAAAGAGCAAGGGUGAUAGGAAAGAACGAAAGUAGUAAAUGCAGUGGUUGAGGAAGCGAUGGAUCCAUCGAUGUUUGUUGGAUACACUCCUCAAACAAACGGAGUUCCAGGAGUUCCAUCGGAGUCCAAGCUUGCAACCUAUAUGAAUCGCCAAAGUUCUAGCAUAGGAUUGAAUACGAAUUCAGUGAUGAAACAUUUGUCCAAUCUUUCUUUGGAUCAAAAGAAGAUAACUGCCAGCCCCGAAUUCGUGCCUGGAAGAGGCCUUACGAGCAGCAACAGCAGCUCGCCAAAUCUCUUUAGCAAUUCCUAUGCGCAUUCACAGGAGAACGUAGGUGGCACAACGUACUUUUAUUUCGGGAAUGCUACCAGCGAUGCAGUCGGAGCUGAAGAUGGUGCCGAGGCUAUCGGACACGUGGCGGCGGGGCAGAUCGGCUAUGUCUAUCCAGGCACACCUUCUCACCUGCAUCCCGUAAAACCGGCGAAGCCACCGUCGUCUAAUAACUCCUCCGCCCCUUCUACACCUCCUCUUCAAACUGUCCCCAGCUUUUUCGUUAACGAAAACUUGCGGCUGGAUAUCCUGCAGAAAAACGCAUUGACACUGACACAGCCUGAUGUAGUACGAUUUCCCGACUUACCGAACGAAGUUGACAAUUAUCACGAGUUGUGUCCUUUAGAGCCGAUCCACAAACCCGCCUCGACAGCUCUCGGAUAUCAAACUUCCACGUACAAGGCCACCAGUAUCAAGACAGGCACGCGAUACUGUUUACGCCGUGUGCACGACUUUCGACUUGCCAAUACAAAGUGUAUGGUAUUAGUUGACAUGUGGAAGCGGCUGUCGCACACAAAUCUGGUUCAGCUGAGAGAAGUCUUCACCACCAAGGCUUUCGGCGAUCAUUCCAUGGUUUUCGUGUAUGAUUAUCACCCUGCCUCGGAAACGUUGCUGAAUAAGCAUUUUGCCUCGACCGAGCUUAACGGUUACACCGAUCCGUUCUCAUCGGAUCCCAACGCGCCACGGCCUUACAGUCACACCAAGAACACUAUUCUGAGGCAGCAGCAUAGCAGCAUGCUGCCGGAAAGUAUUAUCUGGGGUUACAUCAUUCAACUCACUGCCGCAUUUCGUGUUAUUCAUGCCGCUGGCCUGGCAUACAGAUGCUUAGACCCCACUAAGGUGUUACUUACAUCGCAAACGCGAAUUCGUCUGAGUUGCGUUGCCAUUCCAGACGUAGUGACUCUAGACGGGAACGCGGCAAAUCCGCUCACCCUUAUCCCACAUUAUCAGCAGGAGGAUUUAGUGGCACUCGGCAAGUUGGUCUUGGCAUUGGCAUGUCGAAGUCUUAUCGCUGUCCACCGCGACAAUAUGCCAGCCUCUCUCGAUCUGAUUACACGUUCCUACUCCACUGACCUCCGAAAUCUUAUUCUGUACUUGCUGUCGGAUCAACCCCGCAAAAGCGUCACGGAUCUCAUGCCGAUGAUUGGUGCGCGAUUUUACACACAGCUGGAUAAUGCUCAGUUGCGCUUGGACGUAUUGGAAAAUGAACUCGCCAAAGAACUGGAGAAUGGACGAUUGUUCAAAUUGCUGGUGAAGCUAGCAACCAUCAACGAGAGGCCAGAGCUUAAUAUGGAACCCACGUGGGCAGAGACAGGCGAUCGUUACAUGCUCAAAUUGUUUAGGGACUAUGUGUUUCAUCAAGUAACAGCUGACGGAAGACCCUGGCUGGAUCUAGCGCACGUCGUGGCUUGUUUAAACAAGCUUGACUCGGGCUCGCAGGACAAGAUAUGCCUCAUGUCUCGAGAUGAGCAGAGUGUUCUCGUGGUAAGUUAUGCGGAGCUGCGACAAUGUCUGGAAACGUCAUUUGGAGAACUGGUACAAUCCACAAAGGACGCUGUUUAAGAGAGUGUCUUCGAUAGCGCAUUACUCCGAACCAUAAAUGUGAUAUCAUCACUUAGCGGUACUAUCAUUUUACUCUUUAUCGAAAUACUGGAGAGAGUGAGAACUGUCGAAAAAAAAAAAAAUGUGUUUGGUGGUAUGAGAAAUAACGCGCAACUAAGUUUUGUAUACAUGAUUUUGCUCGUCGAAUCAAUUUAGGUAUGUACACGUUGAGAUGUGUUGCAUUUAGAAUAUAAGGCGUUAUAUACUUUCGGAUAUUUAAUUCUUAAGGAUCUAUAGAUCCCCUAGGUUUUUGGAUUUUCCAGUUUUUCCAGUUUUUCCAGUUUGGAUCUUGGGAUCUGUAGACUGUGGAAUUCUCUCGUAUAUUAUACUGGGUUCGCAUCUCUCAAUCUUUGGAUUUCAGAGUCUUGAUAUUAUCGAAUCUGGGGAAAUUGAAUGAUAGUCCAAUGAUUGGACUUUGCGGUCCUUUGAUUUUCGUUGAGAGCCUUCGAAUUCUUUCAUCUAUCGAUCCUUGGAUCUUUCAAAUUUUGAUCUCUGCAAAGUUUAAAAUAUGCGUAUAUGGUAUCAUGUGAUUUUUGUGAAUCGUCCAGCGUAUGGAUUCGCUGGAAAGCCCGUUACGGUACUAUACAAAAUUGUACACAACUUAAUAAUGCAGUAAAUCCAUAAGAAAUCUUAAGACAACACCUAAACACGGUUCGGUGUUUAAGAUAAAGACCUUAGUUUUAGGAUACAGGAUUAAUGGUAAGCAUUAAUUUUGAAAUAAAUGUUUAUUUUUGAAAGCAAUGCUAAA